UGAUCAGAUUUUGUCACCUGUGCGCGGGCUGGACUGGUAGGAAAUAUCGGGAAAUUUUCAGAAAAAUCGGAAAAAAAAUCGGCUAUACAAACCGAAAAUUCGCCGAUAAAUUGCAGUGUCCGGCUAUUUUUUGAAGAUUUCGCCGAUUUUUGGUCUGCAUCCAUUUUUCGCCGAUUUUUUCGCCGAUUUUAACCGAAAUUUGGCGAAAUUUCUCCCAUCGACAUUUCGCCCCCCUCUUUCGUAUCCCCGACCACCGAAACCCGAAAUUUCGGCGAAAAAAAUGGAAACUUUCAUCCUUGGGUGAAACAAAGCCCUAAGCCACCUGCCAGAGACAAAAGGACGAAGAAGAUCAGUGGGCUCCUCAGACUCAUAAGAGGUUCUGAGAAAAGAGAAAUAUUACUUAGAAGUCAGAGCAAAGGGUAUUAGAAGGCUGGUGCUUGAUCAAAGCAGAACAAGGCCAAUAAGCAAACAGGGGUGUGCAUCUGAAAAAUAGCACACACAGCAAGAGACAAAGACAGAGAGAUGGGGCACACCAGCAAUGAUCUUCUGCACUUGGAGCAUAAGGCCUCUUCUUCUUCACCCCUAGAAUCCACACUUCUUGUUUGCAAGAAUGGGUCAGAGUCCAAGUUGCAGAAACCUAAUCACCCUAAGGGAAAACCCAUCACUACCCCACUGCCUUCAAGCCAAGUUCUGGGAAAAGUGAAAGAUUUCCUAGGAGUCAUAUCAGAAGCUAAUAAAAAGCUGGAGCUUGAUGCAAAGGACAAUUCCGGUAAGGACUAUGAUAUUGAGGUGCUCACGGGGAAUGAAUCUGAAUACAUUGAAAUGGAUUUGAUGCUGGGUAUUGCUGAUCUGCAGACUCCUGAGGCUCUGGCAGCAGCUGAAUCUUCUAUUGCAGGUUUUCAACCAGUGGUUCCUCUAGCUGGUUGCAGUAGUGGAACAGAAUCUGAAGAUAGCUCUGAUUAUGAUGAUAGUGAUAAUGACGAUGAUGAGGACAGCGAUGAUGAUAAAAAUGAUGACAAAAAUAAUAAUAAAGCAUGCUCUGUUGUGAAACAUAAAAGAUCAAAGUCUGCUCAUGGGGAUUCUUCCAUGGAAGUGCCCCAAAAAAAUGGGGGUUCAAAAAAGCGGCCAAAGAUUGUUGAGCUCUCGUGAGAAUCUUAAUUAGAAGUAGGACAGUGAAAUCUACUCAUGGGGAUUGUUUUCUAGAAAUGAGAGGGAAACCAUUAGGAUUAUAAGGGUUGCAGCAAGUAUGAAAGACCUUUCUCUGCAGGAAGGAGGGAGCUUUCUGAAUGUCUGAUGAGGCUGUAAUUUAUGCAGCAGUGGGAUUUUUGCUUCUUCAUUAGUGUCUAUCAGGGCAUAUGCCAUACCAGACAGCCAAUGGAGAAAACAGUCCUGUGAGUACCCUUCAAAUUGUGAAUGUCGUGGAAGCUUUGUGAUGUUUUUGUUCUCCCAAAUCUGUUGUCGUCAUUAAAUUUUCUACAUUUCAGUUUGGUAAUUAAAUUUUCCAUUCCAUUAUA